AUGGGUGACAACGGCCGCGGGGGACGAUUUAAUAGGGGUGGGGGACAAGGUGGUGGUUUUGGACGUGGCAGAGUUGGCGAAAGUAACAACGACAACAACGAUGGCCAGAGGGGAAACACAGCGCCCUGCCCUGGGGGCAACGGUACGACUAUUGGCACGAGCCAGUCCUUUUCGCUGCAAUGCGGCCUCAACCUCGGGGGCGAUGUUCUCAACGAGAUGCCCAUGAUCAGCUUUAUCGGAUGUGUCGACGCCUGUGCGUCAACGCACCCACGCUGCGACGGUGUUUCGUUCAACGGCAGAACCUGUCGCGUCCGCGCCGGCGCCAACAUCGCCCAGAGUUCAAGGCCAUCCGACGGCUUCGACUCUGCCCUCGCAAUCUUCCCCACCGCCAUCAACCCUCAGUGCAGCACGCUGGGCCCUUCGAUGCAGACGAGCCCUUCUGCAGGCUCCAAGCGCUUCAACGUUUCAUGCGCCAACGUCCUCGAUGGCGGCGACUUCCUCCAGCAGCACACAGCCACUUUCUUCGACUGCACCGAGCUUUGCGCCCGGUCUAGUGCCUGUGUUGCUGUCUCGUACGACUGGAAAAUGACGGGUGGGUUCAACAAUUGCUACCUGAAAAAUAGUGUCGCGGACAUUAUUGGCGUCCAAGACAUUGACACGGCCAUACUGAACCGCGGUGGUAACUCUGGCGGCGGGACGACUGAGCAGCCUGCAAGCAAUCCUGCUCCCCCAGCCUCAUCAUCGCCGGCGGCCGGUGGCGGCAGCGGGCAGGGUGUGGUGCUCGUGCCGAUCCCAAGCGGCCAGCCUGCUUUUUCGACUCCAUCGCCCCCUACUGCCCAGAACCCAGUGGCGUCCUCGGGACUUUCGGCACCGCCGGCGCAAGCGUCUAGCGCUGCGACCACUCGGGGGCCAUCGCAGUCCGUGACGGCGCCCGGCCCAUCCUCGGCCACUUUUGCGACAUCAACGCGCGGGUCUCUUGUGCAGCCACCAGCGCCGGGUACCAGCAACACAACACCGCCUGUGCAACCGCAACCGGAGCAACUGCCGGCCACGGCAGCUAGCUCUCAGGCCUGGAUUGCCGCCCCAGUGGUAGGCGGUGUUGCAGCUAUCAUGCUCAUCGCUGUCGUAUUCGCCAUAUUGGGCCGUCGCCGCGGCUGGAUCCGGGGCUGGGGGUCGCGGGGCAAAAGCAGCGGCAGCGAUGCCGGCAAGAGCAUAAGCGGCGAGAAGGGCGGUGGCGGCAGAGGGCAGAUCGAAGGGGACGAUGAGUGGCUGCGUGAUGCGGAGCGGGGAGCAGCCAGCAUGGGUGACGGAGGCCGCAACAACAUGGCUGCCAACGCCAGCCGGAGCAUUCGGAGCAGCAGAAGCAGCAGAAGCAGCAUCGGCGGGGUUACGGCCGGUUCGCGACCCGAUUUGGUACCAAGCAUGCCUCCGCCCCUAGGUCAGACACCAAGGUACCAGGUCAAAAACGGCAGGAUGGCCCUCCACAACAGCCAGCACGGGCAGUUGCAGGAUGACACUGGGAAUGGCGCAGUCCCCGACUUCCUGAAAGAGUCGAGGGUCGAGCGUCAGACCUAGCUCGAGCAAAGUCGACUCGUAUACAUCUUCCCCAAACCAGCGCCCCUGCGUUGAGCCCUGUUUUGGCAGCAGUGGGAGGACACCAACCGGCGUUUGCGGGGCUGACAUGAAAUUGCCCCGAUAGCACCAAAAUCAACACACCACGCAUUCUUUGAUCCAUUCCACCAUCACACCGAUCCCGUUGCCUGCCUUCCUCUCUAUCCUUACUCAGCGAGGAUUGGCUUAUAAAGAUAUACCCAAACCGGAAAAGGCAGGAGUUUGCUUGUUAUCAGAUGAGACCCUGAAUUUUAGUGGGUCUACCGACAUAUCUAAUUAUGGAAUUAAUACGAAAUCUUACGAGUCCA